GCGCGGGCGGCGGGGACGCAGCGGCCCCCGCUCUGCGCCCGCCGCGCGCCCCGCAGUCCCGGCCGUCUGGGCCCGAGCCGCGGCUUCCUGGUCGGGCGGCGGCGGGCGGGGCGCCUGGGAUCCAUCUCCUGACAUUUAACUUUUCAAGAUGAAGUUUCUACUGGCCAUUGCCUUUUUUAUUUUAAUUUCUUUGUGUAUUGAAGAAGCCUAUUCUAAAGAGAAGUCUUCAAAGAAAGGGAAGGGGAAAAAGAAGCAAUAUCUAUGUCCAUCCCAGCAGUCAGCAGAGGACCUUGCCCGAGUACCUGCCAACUCAACCAGUAAUAUAUUGAAUAGGUUAUUGGUCAGCUAUGAUCCCAGAAUAAGACCAAAUUUCAAAGGCAUUCCUGUUGAUGUAGUAGUCAACAUUUUUAUCAACAGUUUUGGAUCCAUUCAAGAGACAACAAUGGACUACAGGGUUAACAUCUUCCUGAGACAGAAAUGGAAUGAUCCCAGACUGAAACUUCCUAGUGAUUUUCGGGGCUCAGAUGCACUGACCGUGGAUCCUACAAUGUACAAGUGUCUAUGGAAACCUGACUUAUUUUUCGCAAAUGAAAAAAGUGCCAAUUUUCAUGAUGUAACCCAGGAAAAUAUUCUUCUGUUUAUUUUUCGGGAUGGAGAUGUCCUUGUCAGCAUGAGGUUAUCUAUUACUCUUUCAUGCCCUUUGGACUUGACCUUGUUUCCAAUGGACACACAACGUUGCAAGAUGCAACUGGAGAGCUUUGGUUACACAACUGAUGAUUUAAGAUUUAUCUGGCAGUCAGGGGAUCCUGUUCAGUUAGAAAAAAUUGCCUUGCCUCAGUUUGAUAUUAAAAAGGAGGAUAUUGAAUAUGGUAACUGUACAAAAUACUAUAAAGGCACCGGCUACUAUACAUGCGUGGAGGUGAUCUUCACCCUGAGGAGACAGGUGGGGUUUUACAUGAUGGGCGUCUAUGCCCCCACCCUGCUGAUUGUGGUUCUCUCCUGGCUGUCCUUCUGGAUCAACCCGGAUGCUAGCGCUGCCAGAGUGCCCCUAGGUAUCUUCUCUGUACUCAGCUUGGCCUCGGAGUGCACAACCCUUGCCGCUGAACUUCCCAAAGUGUCUUAUGUGAAGGCCCUGGAUGUCUGGCUUAUUGCUUGUCUUCUGUUUGGGUUUGCUUCGCUGGUGGAGUAUGCUGUUGUCCAGGUGAUGUUGAAUAAUCCCAAACGAGUUGAAGCAGAAAAGGCCAGAAUUGCUAAGGCUGAGCAAGCAGAUGGCAAAGGUGGCAAUGCAGCUAAAAAGAAUACUGUAAACGGCACAGGGACUCCUGUUCACAUUAGUACUUUGCAGGUUGGUGAGACCAGAUGCAAAAAGGUUUGUACUUCUAAGUCUGAUCUGAGAUCUAAUGACUUCAGCAUUGUUGGAAGUUUACCAAGAGAUUUUGAAUUAUCAAAUUAUGAUUGCUAUGGAAAACCUAUUGAAGUCAACAAUGGACUUGGGAAAUCCCAGGCAAAGAACAACAAGAAGCCACCCCCUGCCAAACCCGUUAUUCCAACUGCAGCAAAGCGAAUUGAUCUUUAUGCAAGAGCCUUGUUUCCCUUUUGCUUCUUGUUCUUCAAUGUUAUAUACUGGUCUAUAUAUUUAUGAUAAAUCUUUUCCAUUUGUAUAAAAUAAAAUCCCAUUUCAUUGUGACCAAACUCAUUCAUAAAUGCAAUCUGUGAAAAAUUUUUGCACUUUCAUAGCAUUCUAUUGCAUCUUGAAUGCUGUUCUACUGUAAUAAAAUUGUGGCACCUUAAUUUUGAAUGGCAGCAUGACCCUGUGCUCUAAUAAUGAUGUAUAUAUGUAUAGCCAACAUGUUGCUUUAGGGUUAAAUGACAGAUAAUAUAUGCAUAAUAUAAACCCAAUCCGUUCUCUUCAGUUAGUGUAAAUUGCAAAUACUUUGGAUAACUCUGGUGAUUAUGUGCACGCUGAAACCUGUUUUGAUCACCAUUCUAAUGUAUGUAGUAUUUCAAAUUUCCUUCCUGGUAAUUUUCAGAGAAAGCCAUCAUAUUCUUGUAUGAUUUUAGAUGGUAUUAUCACAGAUUAAGCAAAAUUAUAUUACAUAUUAUUUAAUCUUUGUAAGUAGAAAUAUAUCAGUUAUAAAUCUGUGGACUCUAUGGAGAAAUAAAGUUCAAAAAAUUACAAAUUUGUAAAAUCAGCUUAUUUUGAAGUGUGCCCCAGUAGCGAGGAUGCCAGGUAAUAAAACAUAGUAAGCAUUUUUGAAACAAAGGGAAACUGGAUUUACAUAAGUUCAUCCUGGAAUCUAGAUUCAGAUGAAAAAAUAAAGAAUAGAUAUAUUAACUAAAUAUUUCUAAUAAAAGAAAUUCUAUUUAAUUCACUUAAAGCUUAAAUAUAAUUUGAUUUUGUUUUAAGAGUAUACAACAUCAUUGUGCCUUAAAAAGAAUCAUAAAUAUUUAAAAUUGAAAAAAGAAUAGAUGUGAUUUCUAUCAUUUUUUCAACAAACCCAGAGGAAAGUACACUAUUACUAUAAGCAAUGAGUUGGAAAAAAAAUCUGUAAUCAUUAAAGGAUUCUCAAUUCCUUGUUUUCUUAUGUUUACCUGUUUUUAGGUAAAUU